AUUCACAUGAAAACAUACUACGUUCAGUUUUUCACGAAAACUCGACCGUUCCUUACGUACGUAUACGUUUGUUAAUACGUCUCAUUUUCAAAUUUAGACUAAAAUCGUACAAUUUUCCGCGCAAUAAUGGGCAGUACACCGUCAACCCCCGACAGUACAGACGAUCCUUGGUGGCCGAUUGAAAAUCAGAAUUUCAUUUUAGAUCAGUCUCCAUUAAAUGUUGUCGCAAUGGAUCGACAAGGUCAAAGUGCUACUGUAAUCGAUGAAAUUGAUGAAAAUUGUGAAAUUAGUGAAGUUCUUCGUAGUGAAAAUUUGAAUAGUGAAAGUCAAAGUGAAAAUAGUGAGGAAAUUUGUGAUGAGACUGACAAUGCUAACAAAGUUGAAAAUGUGCAAAAGAAAGAGCAAACGUUGGAGGAAUUCAAAGAAGAGCUUCGCAUUAAACGAGAAAAACGACAAAAUGCUAUAGCAGAUCUAAGAAAUGAAAUUUCGAGCCUUCGUCAGCAAUUAAGCGAAGAGAAAGAAAUGAACAGACGACUGAGAAGGGAAAACCUGUGUGGUUCGUCUACAAAUCCCGAUCUUGUGGGAACAGAAGAAAUAUUUGAGGACAUUGCCACGGCUAUCAAUGAAUACGAUGAACCACAUCAAAGUCAAAUAUCACUGAAAAGUGAGUUGGCAAACGUGCAAUUAUCAUUGCAAUUGGCCAAUUCAGAAAUAUUGUCGUUGCAAGCCGAGUUAAAUGUGCGCCAAAAGCAGACCGACACAUUGAAAGAAGUAAACGUUGUGAGCAAGCAAAUGAUCCAAAUAAAGGAAGAUCAACUAAAUCAACUUCGCGAUAAAUUGAAGACAAUCGAAGAAUCACUAGCCGAUCGAGAGUUGAAACUUAUGUCGGAGAGCUUGAGGCAAGAGUAUGACCGUCAGCUUGCAAAUAUUCGAAAUUUGAGAAGUUUGUAUGAAGAAAGAGCUCGCGUGAGUGCAGCAGAAAGGGAGAAUUUGAAUCGACAGUUGGACACAAAAAAGGCGGAAUUGGAAGCAGAAACUGAAAAAAGUACAGAUUUAGCUGAAAGGGUAGCAACAUUGGAAGCAGAUUUGCAAAAAACAAUUGACGAAUUGAAUUCAACGAAAGAUGAACUCAGUGAAUACAAAUCCGAAAACCGUGAACUUCACGAGGAAAUGAAAGUCAUAAAUGAACUGUUCAGUCAAUUGUUAAUGGGUUUCAAUGGUGGCAACGAUAUUAACAUCGACAAACUUUCGAAUAUGCUUGAGGACAAUCGAGAUCUUUUGAAUGAUAUCACGAAGCGGGAAACUUGUAAGGACGGUGCAGCUGCGAUACCAAAAUUGCUGUUCGAUUUGGUAACGCAAGCUGAAGAAAAUUUUUUGAGCAAAGACGAAGCAAGCAGUUCAAAUGUGGAACAAAAUGUUGAGGAAGGGGCAUCCGGACAAUCGAAUGUGUCAACAGCUCAAGAAAUAUGCCACAAUUUACCGAAGGUUUGGAAGGUGCUGAUUGAAUUGUUGAAUCACCAGAAAACUGAACAAGUUUCAUUCACUGAGAACGGUGAAAGUGAGGAAUGUUACAACUCGGUACAAACACCGACAGGUCCAAAAUUGGUUCUGAGCGUCAGCAAGACGUAUAUCAGGCUAAAGGAUCUCAUUCUGGAGAAAAAAUUCCUUCAAAAGGAAACAAAUAAAUUGAAGAACUUGAACAAUCACCUGGAGCACAGAUUAAGUCAUCAGGAAAAACGCCUAGGGGCCGUCACUAUCGAGCUCAAUAAGACAUGGAACCUAGUUGGUAAAAUGCAGCGACAACAUCGUCAACUGCAUACACAUGAGCAAGUUCUACGUUAUCAAUUGCAGCAGAAGCGUCGCAUGUUGAAUGAAUUAAAAGACGAAUUGGAAUACUGCCGUCGCAAAUGGGCACUAGCUCGCGAAAAGAAUAACGAAUCUCAAAGUCAGUGGAACGAUCUGCGAUCCGAAUUCGCCAAACGUAAGCAACAGGACGCUAACAACUCCGGAGAAAGUGGAUACAGUGAUGAGCCAGUAUCCGAUGAUGAUGAUAAUUCGGAUAACGAACCACUAAAGUCGAAAAAUGAGCGAGUCGUAGAGUCAGAUUUGGGUUCGUCAUCGAAAAAUUCGACUAGAGUGAGAAGCGUUUCGCCAGUCCGAAACGAACCAUCGAAAAAGGCAGAGGAGAGUGUAACACCACCAAUUGCCACAUUAUCCACCCAAGUGUUUCAAACCACAACGGAAAUUGUGCCGCCGAAUUUAACCUUAGAGGCAUCAGUUGUUACUAAGCCUGUAGAGAGCUUAGAUUUGAAAUAUGCCGCUAGUGCAUCCGUUGUGGUACCACAGACUGUGACAAAGAUUACUGUAAACAAUGUUUCAUCUGAGGGGCCUUCAACAUCUAAUAGCGGGGUCAGACCAAAAUGUGUCGACGAAAUUCGCCCGAGAUUGUCUAGGGAAAUUAGAAAGAAAUCAACAAAAGUCAAGGAAAAACGAAAAGGUGAAGAGACUCUAGAAGAAAUGUUCUUUAGACUUAGCGGACAGGAGCCACCACAACAUGAAGACUCUUCAAAUGAUGAGGAAGACGAUGACGAAGAACUCGACGACAAAUCGAAAAAUGACCAAGCAACAAUACUCGAAGACGAUGUUCUACAAGUAAAUCCACCUGCUCAGGUCUGUCCACCAAUUCAGGUCGACGAAUCACCUAAUCCCGAAGAUAUUUCUAAUGUGAUUUUAUCGGAAGAGGACGAAGAGCGCCGUGUACAGCGAGCAGCUAGAUUCAAGCGAUUGGAAGAACAAUGUCAACAACUCAUAACUCAAGUAAUUAACAAUUCAACUCGGGGCGACGAAUUAAAUUCACAUUUGGACAACGUUCAGCGACGGUUCACUCCUUUGAGAGAAAGUAGUAAAUCUAUCGACAAAACUGAUGAAGAAGGAGCUGCAGGAUGUUCCACAGAGACGGUUUCCAAAGACGACAUGGCAGGCCUAACUCAAAAGGAACAAGAAUAUACAUCCAGGAGAGCUGAACGUCUGAAACGGUUGGAGGAAGAAUGCAAAGAAUUCUUGAACAAACGAAACCAAUCCAAGCUUCGUGCCAACGAAAUGAGCAACAAAUUGGAUAAAUUACAUCAACGGUAUGGAUCACAAGAGAGCUCCGAAGCCACCACAUCUGAAACCAAAGAGGUUGUACUAACCGAGACGGAAGAGGCGUACACAGCUAGACGAGCAGAAAGACUAAAAAGGCUGGAACAACAGAGUGCUGAAUUAUUGGACAGAAUGGCCCAGUCAUCCAGCAGAGCAAAAAAUAUCGAAACUUCGUUAGAUGCUUUGCAUAGUAAAUUUGGAGACAAGGAACCUGGUGGUGAAACAAGUAAAACUGAUACGGAAACCGUUGAAGAAUGUAAUCUUAAUGAAGCAACAUUAUGUGUUAAUGAUAUGGCUUCAGGUAUAUCUGAAGAGAGUAUGCCUGCAUUACUACACUCGCCUGUGAAUGGUGAAGCUUUUACCGAAGAAUUAGAUCAUGAUGUUACCGAGGCCGAAGAUUUGCCUUCAGUAGCUGAGAAUAUAACUGACUAACCAAUUUAAUACUCAAGACUCUAUAAUUGUUAAUUGAAACCCUAAGAUACGGGAAGUGUUUUCAACAAUUUAAUAAAUUUAUUUUGUAACAAUUGAAUUAUGAGAAUGAUAUUUGAAACAAUAAAUGGUUUGGAAUAUGUCUGAAAAAA